AUGUCAGAAGCUGAACGUACAAAAUUUUGCGUUGAUAAACCAUCAACACCACAAGUUGAAGAUGAACAAACACAACAAUCUCGUUCUGCCAUGUUCACAUUAUGGAAUUUAGUUGCUGAUUUGAUUGAAACGCAAGAUCAGAUACAAAAUCAACAGCAACAAAUUACAGAUUUCUAUGGUAAAACUGGUACAACCUUCCCUAGAUUAGCAUGCUUAAUGCAACUGUAUAUUAAUGCUACCGCAAUACUUGAACGUGUUAAAGAUUUUGUUGUAUUUGCUGAAGGUGAUAAUCAGGAUUUGAUCAUCAAUGAGGAUUUCGUGAGGAAUGUAGAUAUGAUAAUAAAAGAAGAUUAUUAUAAAAAUGACAAAAAAUAUUUACCAUGUACAGAAGCAUGGAGUUGGUAUGAACAUCACUUAAACAUAGCUACAAAAUUAUUUACAAUUGAUCAUGAUUUUCCAAGUAAAUCAAUGAUUGUAUCAUCAUCAAUUUCACCUAAACAGAAAACAUUAAAACAAUUAAUAAUGUUUUUGGAUUUCAAUAUUUUUCCAUUAUCAGCAAUAAGUGUUAAACAUCCCAUUACAGAAAAAACAGGUAUAGUUAAGAAUAGACCAGCGUUAGGUGAACGAGCACUUCAAGAACUAAUGAAUUAUCACUUACUCAAAUUUAAUUAUUUUUUAACUGAUACUCGUGGUCGAAAUGUAAAAUCUUAUAUGAAAGCACCAUUGCUACCAGGUGAUGACCCGACACGAGAUCAAUUUAUCAAAAACUUAGUGAAACAUGACAUAGAUGUUAGUGAAUAUUCUUCCAUUUAUGAAUCAUCUUCAAUUCCACCAAAUAAUAAUCUUUCAAAUUUAACAUCAGAAAUCUUUGAACAUACUGCAUAUUUUGUAAAUGAAUAUUCAAAAUAUCAAGUCCAACUAAAUAUUGUAAUUCGAAAACAUAUUGAAAAUUGUGUUAUUCGAGAAGUUGAACAAGGAAAUUUUAUUAUUCAAAAUGCAAAUGCAUUUACUCGUCAAUUUCAUCAAAUUGAAAGUUUAGCUUUAGGUGCUCAACCAAAUCAAGUAAACGGUGAAUGUCAAUCUCUGAAUAUAAUAAAUCAAGCAAAUAAAUCACCAAUACAAUCUAGACAUACAACAGCACCCAUAGUCAAUGUUUUUCAUGAUACAGUUGAAAAAAGUCAAGAAACACAACGUGAUAGCUCAAUAAAAACAUCGUGUAAUCGACGGGAUACUGAUAUAACAGUCAUCAAUAAACAUGAAAAAGUAACCGAACAAACAGUUAAAAAAGUCAUGCAAAAUAUAACGACUGGAAAAUCUGUGAUUUAUACCAAGACAGAUUUAAUCAUGAUAUGUAACAAACCACAUAUUCGACUAGAAGCAGUAAAACGUUUAGUUGAAGCUAAUCUGCUUCGAUAUGAAGAUAACUUUUGGGUCGAACCAACUCGUGCAAGAAAAGAAACAAAAAAAGAUUUUAAACGUAUAUUUCGUCCAGGAUGGUUAAACUAUGAAAAUUGCCCAUCUUCUAAUUCAACUGUAUCAAAAUUUGAUUUUCUACAAUCCCUACAAAAACACGUAAAUCUUACUUACGAUGAUUUUUUGAAAUCAUUUUAUCCUCAUCAAAAUGAGAAUAUUUUUACAAACAACAAUUGGACAUUAUUAGAUGAGCUCAUUGAAAUAUUUCAAUCAAAUAUAUUUUACAAAGAACACGUACGAUACAAUAUUCAACGAUUUCGACCAGGUGAUGUGAUGACUAAUAAGUUAGCUGUAGAAAAUCAAUUACACACAUCGUUGACACCAAUCUCACAUUUGAACAAUUCUCAAGAAACAACAACAAAUGAUAAUCCACAAGAGAUGUCACAAGAACAAAUAAUUGAUAAUAAUAGUGAAGAUGAGGAUAUGGUUUAUACUUGUCCAUUAUCUGCAAGUGGCAAAAGAAAAAUUGAAUCCAAUAUAAAUUUUCAAGAAUAUCCAAGACGCAUGCAACCAAGAAGAAUGAAGAAAAACUAA